CUCUAAUGCUUUGCCUAAAAUCGAUCGCCCUCAGGAAAAAAUGUAUCAUUACGCUGAAGGCGAAACAAUCGAUUGCGCCAUAUGUAUUGAACAAGUUGAGUCAAAGCAUGCUCAAGUUAGAUUAUCUUGUGGCCACAUUUAUCAUUUGAAUUGUAUCGGAUCUCAUUUCAACAUUUCUGGUGACUACAAAUGUCCAUACUGUCGGCUUGAAGUAGAAAAAAUAGUUAAACAACCAAGAAGCUGGGAAUUUCCCAUAAAUGGUCAUCCUAAUUCGCAAAAUAUAAACGACUCUGCUGAAAUGCCUCAUCCUGGUGAAUUAGAUUUCGCCAAUUUUCAACGCGGUGUUUUACAAGUCGUAAAUUCCAUUUUUCGAGGCAGACUUAACCUAGGACAUCCUUUCCGCAAUGAUAACGAUCCAGAAGAUGAUUUUUUUGAAACUGACAAUGAUGAUAAUUCUACUCAUGGCCAAGAUGAAAUCAAUCAAAGAAAUAAUGUCAAUUUACUUGAAAUUACAGACAAUGAAGAUGAUGAUAAUUCUUCGGAUGAAGAUGGUGACUUCGACACAAAUGAUUCAAUGAAUCAUUAUCGAACAUUCACUACUUCAUAUUAUAAUAGUAGUUCUGAAAAUUUACCUUCACAAAUUAGGAGAAGCAAUAACGAGGAUAAUUUAUCGAGGUCAUUGUCAUCAACUUUGAAUCUUAAUGAUCAUAGUAAUACCGCUAAUUCACAUUCUAGAUUAAAUUCAACAAGAUCUCACUCCCGUACAAGGUCACGUUUUUUUCGAGAAUCUGUUAGGAAUGGAUUUACAGGCUUAAUUAGAAACAGGUUGAAUGCAGAUCAAGAAAGAAGGGGUCACUUGAGAGAUGUUCGUGAUUUCAGAGAUCUUAGUCCUAAUUUUUCAUCAAGAAGACGUGAAGGCAACAGACAAUCAACUAUUUCAUCAAGAUAUCGAAAUAAUGAUUCUUCUAGACGCAAUAUAAUAUCUUCAGAAAUUUCAAAAAACUCUGCUGCAGAAGAUGAAGAUGAAAUGAUGUUUGAGAAUGUUAGUAAUGAUAUGGAAACUUCAGAAGAUGAUUCAGAAAACGAGCAAACAUUCAGAUGUUUUUCAUUUAAUGAUAGUGAUGUCACAAUCAGCAGCGGUGAAGAUUUUUAA